UAUGACUUCAAUCUUCGUACAGGAGCACACAGUACAGAGUUCUACCCCUCGAUUACAGUACCUCUUUUCACUGGAUGUUAUAACUCCCUGAAUCAGGGAAAAUCUGAACGACUAUUUUCUUUAAUGAAGAAAUUGGGAGUGUUGGAAUAUCCGGGUGGUGUUCCCACAUCGAUGAUCCGCGAUAGCGAAGAACAGUGGGAUUUCCCAAACGGUUUCAGUCCUUUGAAUCACAUGAUCGUCGAAGGAUUAAGGAAAAGCCAGAAUGCUCAAAUGCAAGAU